GGGUAGACGAGAUCCUUACAUGGAACCCACUUGAGUACAAUAACAUCUCUUCCUUUGAGGCGUCAAUUGCGUCAAUAUGGAAACCAGACAUUACCAUUUAUAACGACGUCCGCGAAGAAGAACGAGACCUAUCAGCCUACACUGCCACCGUCACCAGCGAAGGCUUGGUCUCCUGGCGAACUCCUAUCAUCCUAAAAAGCAGCUGUUUGAUGGAUAUUAACUACUUCCCUUACGACACACAAAGAUGCCCCAUCAAAUUCGGCUCUUGGCACUUCAACGGGUACCAGUUAGACCUGCGGAACAUGUCCGAAACGGGUGACAUGAAAUCCUUUGUGACAAACGGGGAAUGGCGUCUCGCUAAGGUACCUGUUAUGCGGACCGUGAAGUACUACAGCUGUUGCCCAGAGCCCUACCCAGAUGUCACCUUUUAUCUGAUUGUGUGCCGAAAACCCUUGUUCUACAUCUUCAACCUUGUACUGCCGUGUAUCGUGGUUCUUGCCAUGGCCGCCAUAAGUUUCUAUCUACCGGUUGAGUCUGGUGAGAAAGUGUCCUUUGGUGUGACGGCAGUCUUGGCUCUGAUGGUGUUCCUGCAGUUGGUUUCCGAUCUGACACCUACGCAGUCUGAGGUUGUCCCCGUUUUGAGUGUUUACCUCGUGACGGUGCUGGUGUUACUCUGUAUCUCCACCAUCACCAGUAUCAUGGUCACCAACAUCCACUUCAGAGGUGAGCGUGGCCAGAGCGUGCCCUACUGGAUGCAAAAGGUGUUCCUAGAGUUUGUUGCCACCGUUAUUGGAAAGAAAAAGACGGUAAAAGAGGCGCUUCGAGGAAAGGAACCGGAGGAUUCCCAUCACAGUUGGGAACGAGGAGCCAACGUGACUGCGGUGAAGUAUCAAAAGAAAAGCGAAAACGGGUUGAACGGCCACAAUACUCACUACAGAAGCGAUCUAAGUCUUCCCCAGGACGAUCCCGAUGGUCACGAAAGCCUCUUAAAGAGCACACAACUGCUGAAGGACAUACUGCGCACGCUUCAGGGCGGCGAUGAAGACGGGCAGAAGAAAAGGGAAGAAGAGUGUUCCAAGACGCAAUGGCAACUGAUCGCUUACGUCAUUGACAGACUGGUCUUUGGUACUUACGUGAUCGUCACCGUGAUUGCCACUGUCCUGUUCUUUACGUUGACUCCUGCCUGUCAUGAAGACAUCGACGAUCUGCGCUUAGAGUCGGUGUAUAGCUCGUAAGGCUUUGAACUGCCUCAAUUUACACAGUGCGUGCUGUUCACAGUAAUUGAAAGUAUGCAGAUAGAGCCCGGCCAUUGUUAGUUUUGGCCGUGAUAAACUUUCCGAGAUUUAUACGUUUUUUUCGUUUUAUAUAUAACAGGCCUAGUACCUGGUUAGGCGUUCGGUCAACAUGCUCUUUUCAGUACACACAAUUGCACAAUUGCCCUUGAAGGUGGGGGCUAUUUCCGGGUAAUAAGUAUCGUCGUGCGACUAACUUUAAAUGAAAUUACGUAAACGUGCAAGUCAGUUGCGCUUCUUUUAUGGAAAACAUCACUUUAAUCAAUAUUCAUUGUGAUGCCAUAUUGACAGUAGAAGACAGAAGUUAUUCAGCAACAGAUUGUUUCCGCGUGGGAGAUAAAAGCGUAACCGACUGCGCUGAAAAAUACACCAACCAAAUAAGUUGGGAUUAUUGCAGUAUAAACUUUUCUUCCAUAUGGUGGACAGCCCUGAUUUUUGAAUGGGAUUUUAUUUGUUUUAGAUAAGAUGAUUUUUUUUCCAUUUGUAAAGCAGCAGUCAGGAGGUUGUUAGAGCCUGUUUUAUUUCUUGAAAACUCUUGUAUUGAUACGGAUUGGGUUGGGUGCUAUGUUUUUAAAUCUACAGUAUUAGGGAAAUGUUGUUUUAUGUCUUUAUCUUAUCAUUUUAUUAAAAUAUCUAGACACUUUUUACGGAUAUAUCAUAUAAUAAAACAAAUACCCUAGCUGAAAAAAUGGCACUCUUAUUUUCAGUGGCUAAAUAAAAUUAAUGAAGCCAAAUAAACCCAAAUGGGGCUGCAGGAAAAUAA